AUGGGCGGCCCGUUGACCCCUCAAGAGGCGGCUCCAGCUUAUGAAGAGCUGUACGAGCAACGUCCUUCGAAUUCUAGGACUGGGUACUCCCACGUCCCCGUCGCAGAUGAAGUUGACGAUAUCGAGCAUCAAGGACACGAACAUCAUCUCCAUUCCAAUGAUGCGCCCGUUCUCCAACUUGCUUCCCAAAAUGAGGAGCUAGUACACUUCCACUGUGAGGAAUGUGAUCGCCGACAAGAGCGUCGGGAGCGCAGGAAGGCUAGUCAGAACUGUUGUAUGAUGGUGUCAGCGACGUUUAUGGUCAUCAUAUUUUUGUUAUGUUUCUUUGGGUUUCGGUUGGCUGCGGAGCUUCACAAGAGGGGGAAUGAGAAGAAUCCCCGAGACUUCUUGGGAGAUGUUCAUUUCUUGAACAACUGA